GUUGACGGUAUACCGUGAAAGCAAUCGAGCAGCUGAUUUUCAGUUUUUUCUAAAAUGCGAACGGAUUUGGAGCACGGUGAAUAAUUAGAAUGGAUACUUGUUGCCGUGUGUGUAUGAAUGACACCAACAGAAAUCUGAUUCCAAUCAGUUAUGAAGUGGAAAACAUUACAAUCGAGCAACUAAUAACCUUCUGUAGUGGUGUUGUGGUCGAAAGUUUGGACAUGCUUCCAAAGAAUUGCUGCGAACGAUGCGUAGAAGCCCUUCACAUAGCCUACAUUAUAAUCAAGCAAUGUAGGGAUUCCAAUGAAAAGUUAAGAAAUUUAGUGAAAGCAAAGCAAGACGAUUCUGGGAAAAGCUAUGAUUCAACGGACGUUGAAACAGGAAUUCCUGAGGAAGCCGAUGAUCCUUCCAUUCAGAAUGAGUCGAACACCGAAAAUGACGAUGUACACAUCGUUGAACACCCGAUUCCUACAACGUGCUGUGCAUGUAGAGUUGACUAUGAGACGGCGGAUGCUCUUUCUAGCCACAUAAAAGAGUUACACGAGCCAGAAAAAACGGAUGAUGAUUCGAAAAAACCGUACCAGUGUGAUAUUUGUUUCAAGCGGUACUUCAAAAAGACGUCCUUGAAUCGCCACAAAAGGAUGGGAGUUUCUGCAAUAGGUGUUCGUUUGAAAGAAAAGGAACAGCCCGUUGAUUAUCGGUGCUGUGGUUGCCGGAACGACUUCGACUGUUUGGCGUUGCUGAGGGAACAUUCUUUGCUGGAACACGGUGUCAAUAAGACUAAUGACGAAACGAGACCUUUUGAGUGUGAAAUUUGCUUCAAGAGAUACUCUAAUAAAACAUCAUUGGAUCGGCACUUCCGGGAACGCUUCUCCCAUAGACGCACUCGUAUUGUUAGGAAGCUUGGUCCGAAUCAGUGUUGUGGUUGCCGAGAAAAGUUCACCACCAAGGAGCAGUUAGUACGACAUUCUAAGCAGGUCCACGAAUCGGAUCGUGUGACUGACCUUAGCGGAUUGAAACCGUUCGAAUGCAAUAUCUGCUUCAGCAGAUAUUCCACCCAGGAAGCAUUCAACCGACAUAAAUCUGGUCAUUCCAAUGAUCAACUUUAUCAGUGUCAACAAUGUGAGAAAUCUUUUGUCAAACAAAUAAUGCUCCGCUGUCAUGAGCGUAAAUAUCACAAUGGGAUACACCAAGAAGUUAUCGGCCCAUACCAGUGUACAAGAUGUGGUAAAACAUUUAUGCAACCAAGUUCUCUUACCAAUCACGAGAAGGUUCAUGAUAGGAGCGAACGAUACGAAUGUUCCAUCUGCCAGAAACAAUUUUGCAGCAAAGGCAGUUUGCAGACCCACCUCAAGCUGCAUUCAAAUCCAGCGGAACAACGGAAAGCACUUUUCGAAUGUUCGAUUUGUCAUCAACGGUUCAAAACUCCAAACUAUCUGGAAGUACAUUCGAGAGUCCACACCGGAGAGAAACCGUACAAAUGCAAGUAUUGCUCGAAGUUGUUCGCUCAUGCCUCCGGCCAUAAGAGGCAUCUGUUGACACACAAUGGCGUAAAGCCGUUUGCCUGUAUAUAUUGCGGUCGCGAAUUCUCCAACAGACCUAGCAUGCUAAUACACGAAAAAAGUCAUGGUACGGAACGGAACGCCAGGUGCGAUAUUUGCGACAAAGACUUCGUGCACGAUAUGUAUUUGCGGAAACAUCGAAAACCCUUCAGACUGUCUAUCAGUGUUGGUUCUGCCUUUCGCUUCCGUACCGUUAUACUGCUGUUCGUACCAGGUGGUAGUGUUCGAAUUCCGCUAGUGCCUGCACCGGGUCCCGUCGAGGUGGUGGAUGCUGUGGUUCUCAUCGCUGGUGACACCGUUGGACUUUCGCGAAGCUGUUGGGCUGCUAUCGAACCACGAGGUGUGCUAGACUGUGGUCCUGUGGAGUUGGUGGUAGGGGAUGCACUGGUUGACGAUGCGGUUGGUAGUUGGGAUGAUCUUUGCUGGGCAUUGAAUGCUCCUUGUGGUGACGCCUGCGUGUUGAUGGUUGACAUUUGCAAAGACUUAGCACUGGUUAUGACAGGUACCUGUUGCCUCGGUGUCGGAGUUUGCAUUCGACUGGCAUUAUUGGAUGGUGCUGCACUGGCCAAUGGAACUCGCACAAUGCCCAUGUUUAUUUUCUUAACUACCUUCUCCUUGUCCUGUGGAUUUGCGGGACCUGCGUUUAUCGAGGAUGGAUCGCGGACAAUGAUAUGCGGCCGGGGGACUCCAUCAUCAUCGACAUCGUCAUCAUCGCUAGCAACGAUCGUAGUAGUUUUAGUGCUAGUAGUAGUACUAGUAGUAGUAGUUAAAGGAACUGCUUUCGGAUUGCUAGCUUCUUCUGGCUUCGAAGUAGGUGAAGGUCCACUGGAUCGCGCUAACGAGGGUGAGGGUGUGGAAUAUUGUCCAGUCGUACUGGGAGUAACAUGUUUGCCGACUGUGGUAGUGGUUAAUACUGACGAUGCAGCAGAUGACAUCGGCAUCGGUUGUUCGUUCAGCAUAUUUAUGAGUGCCGCAUUACUGGAUGUGCUGGGAGCUUGUGAGUUAAUCGGCGGAGGAAGCUGUAGAGGUGGAUGUGGCAAAGGACUACCGCUAGGCACAUUAACAGGAAAUCCGUUGAACUGUUUCAAUGAAUUCAGAGCGUUGUACGGAGAUACACCCAUCGACGUGGCUGAUGUGCUCGUAGAAACUGUGAAAGCUGAAACUGGCAAAAUGUCAGUUUCCACUAAAACCAAUACCUGUAGAUUUUGUACAAAUUCUGGUGAAACUGUCCCAUUAAGUGCUUUUUUUGAUUUUACCGAUGGCAAAACAUUGGCAGAAGUUGUUUACGAUUUGACACUGGUGACCAUAUCGCCGGAUCACACGGGUCCAUUGCAGAUUUGCGUCCAAGACUGUCUGCCUCGUUUAACUGAUUGCUAUAUAUUUAAACAGCAAAUAUGUAGAAUGGAAAAAGAGAACAGAAGUCAUUUCCAUGCAGUUGGAAUACGAGAAGACGGUAUGUCCGAGGACAACUACACAAUGGAAGUUUUGAUGUCGGAUGAAAAUUCAGAUAAUGAAUUGGAAGAAAAACUGAAUGAAACAAAUCUACAUCAAAUGAAGCAAUUGGUUUUGCCUGCUGAAGAACAGAUCGUAACUCGCUUCGAGUUCGAAAAUUUUGAUUACAUAGAAUAUAGAGGUGAAUGUUGUUGUGCAUGCGAAAAAGUCUUUAGUGAUACCAAUGAACUGCAGGAACAUUCAAAACAACUUCAUGGGUCAUCGACGAACGUUGACGAUACUGACAUAGCUUGCCAGAUGUGUAAAACGAGUUUCCAAAGUUUAACCGAUCUGCAGACGCAUAUCGACCAUUUCGCAUCUAAAGAAAUUUUUAUCUGUAAAUUAUGUCAGAAAUUUUUCCGAAGAAAGGAAGCAUUAAUGAUUCAUAUGGAAGCUGACAAAGACCACACAAUGCUAGCGAAUGUUACAUUAGAGGAAAAUACAGAUGAAAGCUACGCACAGGAUUUACUAAUUGACAAUACAUCCUUGGGGGAUAGAAAUACUGAAAUUCAGUAUGAUUCAUCUACAUCGUCGGAUGACAAAUCCAGAGAUCAGCGUAAUUCAAGCCUUCCGGACGAAAAGUGUAUUAGCUCUAUCGAUGAUUAUGACCAAUACCAAAUAAUUCAACUGGACAGGGCCGAGCGAUGCUGCCGUUGUGGAGAAUUUUUUGAAACGUAUGAAAAGCUGUUACAACAUGCCCAACGGAAGCAUCAUCUUGGUAAAGCAUACUCAUUUGAUCAACCAAUGUGUGACGUUUGCUGCGAAAGAUUCAAAUCUAUAGCGGCCCUGAAUGCACAUAAAACAUACUGUAGACAGGUGAAACAGCUGUACUAUUGUAAACUAUGUCAGACAGUAUGUUUACGAAAAUUUCUUCUGGUGAAACAUUUUCAAACGUCACAUCACCAAACAGGACCUCCCGCUAGCUUGUUAAUGAUUUCCGAUCAAAGCGAAAAAGAAUUGGUGUCCAAUGUCGACAUCGAAGGUACAAAGUUUACUCUUGAACAUGAUGUUCCAGGGUUUCCAUGCUGUUUCCUAAAAUGUUCCUUCGUUUUUGACACCGAAGCAGAGCUUGAUUUUCAUGUUGAUGAACAGCAUGGGCCCCGAAAAGCGAUCAAUUUAGCAGAGAGAGGCAGCGAGCAAAACAUUUGUCGUACAUGCCUACGAAGCUUCGGUUCUCGUCAACUGUUGCUUCUUCAUCGCAAGCGAACACUGAGAAAGAAACAUAUCUGCAGUUAUUGUGCGGAAGCGUUUAUCAUACCAAGCCGACUGCGAGAACACGAACUGCUGGUUCACUCUGAAAAUACACCGAAACAUCCUUGUGACAUUUGUUCAAAAAUAUUUCGAACCCCGAAUUUACUGAAAACUCAUCGCCUAACGCACUCCCAACAACGGGAUUUUUCCUGUGAACUUUGUGGUGCUCAGUUCCGCUUUCGGUUUCAGCUAAAGAAACACAUCAACGGGGUUCAUCCGACGAGCUUUCCCUACCAGUGUAAGUUUUGCGAAAAAAAGUUCUCCACCAAAGCGAAGUAUGACCUACAUUUGCGUUCCCACACCGGAGAAAAGCCGUACGCCUGUCGGCAUGAGCCAUGCGAAAAACGAUUUUCUCACGUUACCGAUCGUAAGCGACACGAAAUGGGCGUUCAUACCGGCGAGCGACCAUACCGAUGUGAUCUUUGUGCGGCGGCCUACAUCCGGAAACGGGAAUUGUUGAUACAUCAACAGAAACAUCAACACAUCGUAGCUACAGAUUGAUUUUUUUCUGU